AUGGCUCCAACAACAACUUCAAAUGAUCAGAUGACCAAAAACAAACUUCGAAGGCAGAAGGCCAAUUUCAGAGAACGAAACCGAAUGCAUGGUUUAAAUAGAGCCCUGGACAUCCUUCGUCAAUGUGUUCCGCUGACGACCCAACAUCAAAAAUUGAGCAAAAUUGAAACCCUUCGUUUAGCUAGAAAUUAUAUCGCUGCCUUGAAUCAUAUUCUGAAUAGCGGUUCUCAACCAUCUCCGCUAGAAUAUGCUCAUAUGUUAUGCAAAGGUAUGAGUCAAACGACUACGAAUCUGAUCGCAAGUUUGCUACAAGUUCAACCACGGCUUCUGGUAGUGGCGCAACAGCGUAAUGACCUUCAGAAUCAGCAUCCACCAUUUUCGUUCCAAAAUAUGUCGCCUAACUCAGACAGUUGUACGUCGUCAAGCUACAGUCAUGUACCACUGAGUCGUCAAUACGGUGAUUAUUCACCGGCAAACCUGAGUUGCUGCAGUAGUUUGCAAUCACAAAGUUCAGAUAUGUCAUCCACAACAAACCCUGAUUACUGCCAGAAUCCAGAAUUUGUACAGUAUUCCGCUCUGUGA